UUUAUCGAGGACAUGAACUCCAUUUGCGACAUUGAAUGUUUACAAUUUUCAUGUUUUCUUAUUUGUUAUUGAGUAAUUAGUUUUGGUUUAAUAAUUAAUUAACUAUUAGUUCAUUAGAAUUUCUGGUCAAUGGAUUCACAAACCGAAAAUACCAUUGAGGAUGAUUAUCCUUAUUGUCCAAAUUGGAAAGAGGCCCAUUACAAUAUGGCCAGAUUAGGGCCUCGAUAUCAUCCACUUGAUGUUUUCACAAAGUUCGACGAUCACCGUAAACCCAUCGAUAGAUUAAUCAACGCCUCUGGUGCUGGUGUUAUCGCUGGAGUAUCAAUUGCUAUGGUUGCCCAAUAUGGAGCUGGAAGACCAGUGUUUUCGCAAAUUCAUAGACACAUUAUUGGAGCUCUCGUCGGUUUUGUCGGUGCUUAUUUCACUGGUGUUUAUGUGACCAAAAAAGCGGCAAUGGAACAAGGGAGAUUGAUGCUUUAUAUUCAAUCACGACCUGAGUAUUUUCAUCCAAUUGAUCGUUACAAAUAUAAAGAAACUUUGGGAACCUGGCGAUUGAAAAGACUUCAUCGUUAAUCUAAAUACACCGAUAUUAAGCCUGAUUAAUUUAAGUCUUAAUUUCCAAUCAGAGUUAUUAGCUUACAAAAGUAGAAAGAGAAUCAGGUAAAAAUUGUUAAUAAGCUUGUUAUUAAUUGAGAAAUGAGAGGUUUUUAUGAUUUGGAAAUCAUUUUGCAUCGAAAGCAAUUUAACCUCAUCAAAUCUUGAAAGUAAAUAAAAUUGACAAGAUAAUUUUAA